AGUAGUCCGGUUACCGGAGCGGCCGCACUCAUAGGAUCAUAUUUAAAUUUAAUAUAUAUCAGAAAAAAAAAAUUUCUUGCAAUAAAUAUUGAACAAUUAUGGACAAGCCUGUACACGCCCGCGUGGUAAAGAUCCUUGGCCGCACAGGAUCCCAGGGCCAAUGUACUCAGGUUAAGGUUGAGUUGCUUGGCGAGCAGAACCGCCAGAUUAUUCGCAACGUCAAAGGACCUAUUCGUGAGGGCGAUAUCCUUUCGCUCCUGGAAUCCGAACGCGAAGCUAGAAGACUUCAUUAAUAGCUUAAAAUAUUUUGGUUGUCAAAAUUAAUUGAACACAACAUUACAAUAAUUUCAAAAUAAUGGCAAGUUUCUUAUUGCCAAUAAAUGUGCAAAUAUUAAAUGCAUAAUGAAUGAAAAACUCCAAACUUUAUUAUAUAUUUCUGACC